GAACAACGAAAUUAACGGCCUCACCAUGGCAACUCUCUCUUUUGCUCUCUCACUCUCUGUAAUGAGUGAUUUUACCAAAUAAAAAGCAUCCAUUUCCCACUUUUUCACCUUUUUCCUUGAAACUGAACAGUAUAUUAAGUGUCAUUUUUAAUCCUUGUUGUUAUUCGUUUUUGUCUGUUUCCAUUUGAAACUUGAAAAGAAUCCAUUUUUUUUUUGUUCUCUUUUUUGAUAAAUGGGAGAUUAUGAGUGGCAUGACCAGCUUCGUAUAACCGAUGUUCGUUCUAUGGAGCCACAAGUUCGAAAUCAAGCUCAUUGCGACUCGAAAGAUGUGCGUAGGUUCGAAACUUCAGCUAUGGAGAACACAGACGAAUGCAGGUCGAUCAAGAUUGAUGGUCGAUCUGUGCUGGGAUUUUCGUUGACAUCGCCCGAUAUAGUAUGCGUUGGUUCACCUGACAUUCCUAGCCAGAGAUAUGAAGAAUCACAUGAAUUAUCGAACGGAAAAACAAUCAACAUCUCUUUAGAAAAUGGAAUUGAGGGGUCUGAAAUCGGCAGCUCGUUUAAGGCCUCGCCUUCGAAUACCCAAGAUUUAUGCCCCGAAGCUUCCUUUGAACUCAUUGCACCUCAUCCACCGGAUCAAGAGAAUUCAACUGGAAUUCGAAUCACCGAAAUAGGCAAUAAUGUGGGGCCCACUAUCUGUGUUGAGUCAAACGACGGCUUGUAUAUUUCCGAACAAAGUACUGUAGGAGCUGCAGAGCUCGUAACUGGAGAGGAUUCAGACGAGCAGGGCCUUAGGCUUUGCCAAGCGGCUCUUUCGGGUUCUGGAGAGAUCAAACUAUCCGAAGAAGUUGGAUUUACACACAUGCCAAUGAAUGACAAAUGUGAUGAUAUUGUUGAGGAAAAUGCUGUUGAAAAGGAACUCUCCAACACAAAAAAGCUUUUGGAGGAGCUUAAAAUAGAAAAUGAGCUCAAAAGCAAAGAAUGUCAAGAAGCGUGGACAUCUUUGCGAGACCUUCAAAACGAGCUUAUGCGUAAAUCAAUGCACGUUGGAUCGUUAGCUUUCGCGAUCGAGGGACAAGUGAAAGAAAAGAGCAGAUGGUUUUCUUCGCUACGAGAUUUGACAAGAAAGUUGAAGCUUUUGAAGAUGGAUCAUAUUAAACUCUCGGAAGAUGCUUCAUUGUUCAAGCAGUUUCUUGCUGACAUGGAAGGCGUCAAAUCCACUGUUCAGUCUACACUGAAUCAGCAUGUUCAAUCACACGAAGACAUCAAAAUUAAGUUCCUCCAAGAGGUCAAGGAGAGGAAAGAACUUUAUAACAAAGUUUUGGAACUAAAAGGAAACAUAAGAGUAUUUUGUCGCUGUCGGCCCUUGAACAUCGAAGAAAUUAACGGAGGAGUUCCAAUGGCUGUUGACUUUGAAUCUGCAAAAGAUGGAGAACUAACUGUUAAGUCAAACGGCAUUUCGAAAAAGACCUUCAAAUUUGACGCUGUUUUCAGCCCGGAAGCUGACCAACUUGAUGUUUUUGAGGAAACUUCUCCACUUGCAAUGUCUGUAUUGGACGGUUAUAACGUAUGUAUAUUUGCUUACGGCCAAACGGGCACUGGUAAGACUUUCACCAUGGAAGGGACAGAUGGCGCUCGUGGAGUAAACUACAGAACUCUCGAGAAGCUGUUUGACAUAAUCGAAGAACGGAAGAACACGUUCAAGUACGAAGUCUCGGUUAGUGUGUUGGAGGUUUAUAACGAACAAAUAAGAGAUCUGUUAGUUUCGGAUUCGCAGCAAGGUUCGAAUGCUGCAAAGCGGCUUGAGAUAAAACAAGUAGGUCAUGUCCCGGGACUUGUCGAGGCUCGUGUGAAAAAUGUUGAAGAAGUUUGGCAAGCUCUUAGGACAGGGAGUAAUGGAAGGGCAGUUGGUUCGACUAAUGCAAACGAGCAUAGUAGCCGUUCACAUUGCAUGCAUUGUGUGAUGGUGAAGGGGGAGAAUUUACUGAAUGGUGAAAGCACGAGGAGCAAGCUUUGGUUAGUUGAUUUAGCCGGAAGUGAGAGAAUAGCAAAGACCGAGGUGCAAGGAGAGAGGCUUAAAGAAACUCAGAAUAUAAAUAGAUCACUUUCGGCGCUUGGGGAUGUGAUAUCAGCUCUUGCUACUCGGAGCCCUCACAUCCCAUUUAGGAAUUCGAGACUGACCCAUUUGCUUCAAGACUCUUUAGGAGGAGAUUCAAAGACUUUGAUGUUUGUUCAGAUUAGUCCUAAUGAGAACGAUCUUAGUGAGACGCUUUGCUCGUUGAAUUUUGCGAGUCGAGUUCGCGGGAUAGAGUUAGGCCCGGCUAAGAAGCAAAUGGACAAGACAGAGCUUUUCAAAUCCAAGCAAAUGGUUGAAAAACUAAAACAAGAUUUGAAGAGUAGAGAUUUCCAAGUGAAAAAGUUGGAGGACACCACUUAUGGUCUUGAGAUGAAGUUGAAAGAGAAAGAUGUCAAGACCAGAAGCUUGCAAGACAAGAUCAAAGAACUCGAAUCACAACUCCUCAUCGAGAGAAAGCUCGCACGACAGCACGUCGACUCGAGAAUUGCGCAAGCAAGCGAAUCCCAGCGGGCCCCACUAGCCGCCAAAACACAAAUCACAAACUCCGAAAGCGACGAGUUCUCGUUCUUCCCUACAACAACAACAACAAUCCACGAACCAUCAAACGAGGACAAAGAAAACCUCCUCCCGAGGCCCACUGGCCGAGCAUCUCUCUGCCCAACCACGAAAACGGCUUACAAUCAUCAUCAUCAUUCCGCGCAAGCCGAACGAAGAAACUCACUCAUUCCCCUGCCUAGCAGCAGCAUGCUGAAACCAACAAAAGCAGCCUCUCCAUUUUUUCUGCCUGUGACUCCAGUUUUUCAGGCGGACGAGAUCGGGUGCUUGCCGGAGCAGGUGGCUUGUGGUGAUAGUCCGAAAGACGGGAAGAAUCGGAAUAAAAGGCAGAUGGGGAGCAGCGUGUUGAGGAAGAGCCUGCACAAGAAGAUUUGCAUGAAGAGUCCUAUGCAGAUGGGGGCUAAGCGAGUUGUCGGGCUGAAUGUGGGCCCGGAUAAGGUUCGGGUUUCGAUCGGGACUCGUGGGAGGCUGCUCGGUGGGGCCCGCAGAGGGGUGGGUAGAGAUAACAGUAGCAAUGGGCAGGGGAAGGCAAGACAGAGGGAGAAAGAGAGGGGGNUUUGAUGAUGCUUGUCAUCCAUCUGUUAUUGGUGUUGGUGUGGCAGUGUUGGAUUUGUUU